CAUUAGCACAAAAGCGACAUCAGCACCCACGGCCUCCAACAUGACCAACAUGAAGAUGAAAAUCAUCCGUAACGUGCAGUUCAUGCCGUCGAUCAAGACUGACGACGAGAAGCGGAGCUUUUUCGACGCCAUUUUAUACGUAGAUCUCUACGAGGUAUCGACGACCGCUAACGACUUGGCCCCCACCCCCGACGAGCAGGAAGAGGAGGAGUCCGCCAGGUUCCCAGAUUCCACCCUAACUCCCGGCCAGAUCCAGCAGAGCAUAGAAUGGAAGACGAUCCGCUUCUUCAGCGAGGUCUUCCGCGUCAUGGCCGAGGGCGUCGGCUCCGAGCGCGACGUCGUUGCGUUUGCGCGCAACAAACUGAUGAGAAACGAGGAAGAUGUCGGCCGCGUAGCCUCCUGUGCGUUGCACAUGCCGCUGUGCUUGGUCGAGAAGGUCGUAGCCGAUAUUCUCCGAAGCCGCCGAGAGGUUUUGAGGACCCGGGAGCUUGCGGAGGCGGAUGGAUGGACGUUUGAGCAGAGGCGGGGGCCGGGCCCGUGCAUGGUGGAUGGCGAGGACAUGUUGGAGCAGAGGGACUCGGAGAUCUUCCAUCGCAGGAUCGAUCGCUUUCUUGAGCUGGAGGGUGCGAGAGACCGGGUGAUCCGGGAUUUGGAAAGGAUGGAAGGGGGAGUUGGCAUUGCCGACGACUAUGCCGGUGACAACUACGCCAGGAACGCCUAACGCCUAAACCAUACAAAGUACGCUGAUGUGGACAUACAUAGGUACCUACCUAGGUGGUUGAAGAAUACGAUAAGGGGUGAUUCUGCCGCGUUGCUCGCCUGCGAUAUUCUGCUUCUUUUGACGGUAGCCGUGCCGCUUCACCUGAAAUGCAUGUCACCGGCACCGUUCGUGUAACGAUCGAAAUCAGGGAUUGUUGUAAAGUGUCUGCCAUCC